UUGGGCCAAUGGAGGGACCGCUGGAUUGCGUAUCGGUGUCCGUAGUUCAUUCGCUUGCGUUUGAUCCAUCAGCGCCGGUGUGUCCAGACGGUAGAACAACUGACGCGGAUUGAAGAAUACUGCGAGAAAUGGAUAAUCGGGGCUAUGGUUCAUCAGGUUACUCUAACUGGGGUGGAGGUGGCAGCAGCUCCAGUAGAGGCUCAGGAGGGUACGACCUGUACGGAUACAAGGACUCCAUGUCCAGCAGCGGGGGCUACGGAGGCGGCUACGGCGGCGGAGGGGGGACGGGCCAGAUGAAAAGGGGCCUGUCAGGCGGUGGCAUGGUCUCCACGGGAACCAGCGCCGACGCCGUCAUCGCCAAGAUCAACCAGCGGCUGGACAUGCUGACCCAGCUGGAGGGGUCGGGCGGCAUGAAAGGAGGGGGUCGUAGUGACAGGUUUGACCAAUACGAGUCCUACGACUCGCGCCCCUCCUCUGUUAACCCCCGCGAUCUCUACAGAUCCGGUAGCUAUGGUUACGGCGAGGGCCCGUCGGACCUGCGGGGUGGUGGGGGCUACGGGGGCGGUGCCUACGACGGCUCCUCCUUCGGACCCGCCAAGGCGCGCCAACCGCGCGAUUCCUACUCAAGCCCUGGCUGGGGCGGGCGACGGUCCCCGAGGAGGGGCGGGGCCCCCGGGGGCCCGGGCGGACGCGGGUUUGCCCGCCGACAGGAGCCCCCCAUGGGUGGCGGAGGCGGAUUGGGCGGUGCCAGGGGAGGCCACUCCCCCGGGGGGCGGGGCAGGCUCCCAUCACUGCUGUCUCACCGCAUGUACCCUGAGACGGGCGCAUACCAGCCCCCCCCGCCCGGCCCCCAGGACCUCCCCAGCGGCAGGCCCUUUGGAGCGGGCCCCGGAAUCCGGGCAGGCCGCCAGAGGGGGCGCAAGAGACCCGUCAACCGAUUUCCCCCCCAGCAGAUAAACCCACAGAGGGAGGUGCAGAAGAAGAGAAAACAGACAGUUACCCCUGGAGACGAACCCGAGUCCAAGAUGGGAAAAACAGAGACUGAGAACACAGAAUCCACAAAUGAUUCUACCCAGCCCAGUGGGGAAACUUCAGAGGGGAAGAGUUCGACGCCAGCAAAGGUUAAAGCAGAUGAUGAUGCUCUGACCAUGCAGGAGGAGAUAAACCAGAUGAAGAAGAAGCUGCAGACGAAGCCUCCCUCCCCACCGCAGGACAGGUUCCCCAAGCUGAGGAAGAGGAGGGGCUUCCAGGAAAGGUCAGGGGUCAGGCUUGGCUCUCAGAGGGUGAUGUUCGCGUGUUCCGUCUGCAAGUUCCGCUCCUUCUACAGCGACGAAAUGGCCGCCCACAUGGAGAGCCGAUUCCACAAAGACCACUUCCGCUUUCUGUCCAAUCAGCUGACGAAACCCACAAUUGACUUCCUGCAGGAGUACCUGAACAAUAAAUGGAAGAAGACAGAGGAGAGGACGAAGCAAAUUGAGAAUAUCAGCGCAGCGAUCUGCCAGGUGUAUAAGGAGCAGGACCUCACCCGAGAUAUUGGAAUGGAGCACUUCAUGAAGAAGGUGGAGGCAGCCCAUUGUGCAGCCUGUGAUCUCUUCAUCCCCAUGCAGCACCACCUCAUCCAGAGACACCUCAAAUCCCCUGACCACAACUUCAACCGCAAGGGCAUGAUGGAACAGUCGAAACACGCCAGCCUCUCGGUGGCACGCAGCAUCCUCAAUCACAAAGUCAUCGCCAAGAAGCUGGAGAGCUACCUUAAGGGUGAGAACCCCUUCAACGGCAGUGAUAAAGAUCCUGAGGAUUCGCUGAUGGACGUGUCAGGGGCGGAGUUAGAGAAGAGCCAAGCAACAGUGGAGGAUGGAGAGGGGGAUAGUAACCAUGCGCCCGUGGGGGAGGGGCAGAAUGAUGGAGCUGAAGUGAAGAUGGAGGAAGAGGAGCUGGAGGGGGUGCUGGGGGAGGACUGCCUGGAAGGGGAGGAGGAAGGCAAUGAGGGAGAGGCGGGGCUUAAGGAUGAGGGGGAGGGGCUUAAGGAGGAAGAGGCAGAGACUAAGGAGGAGGCAGAGGCCAAGGUUGAAGAGGAAGCGGUGCUAAAUGAGGAUGAGGAGGAGGGGGUGGAGGGUGUGCUGGGGGAGGAUGAGGAAGGCGAAGAGGGGAUAGAGGGAGAUUUUGGGGACGGGGAAGAACAGGGCGUGGAAGGAGAUUUUGGAGAUGGGGAAGAGGGCGUUGAGGGGGAUUUAGGGGAGGAUGAUGAAGGGGUAGAGGAGGAGGAAGAGGAGGGGGUUGAGGUAGAGGAGGAGGAAGAGGAGGGAGUGCAGGGCGAGGUGGACGAUGAGGAGGAACAGGACGACGACGUGGCCGUGGUGGAGGACGAUGACGGAGUGGUUUUGGUAGAGUAACACCUGAGCCCCCCCCCACAUCCUGCGGGCACGACCAUUCCCGUCGUGUCUGUGAUUCUGAUUGGCUGGGGAGGGAAUGCCUUCUGGCCAGCAGCGCCCCCGUGUGGACAGUACACUGCAGCUGCUCACACUCCAAUCCAACUGUGACAUCCUCCCGGACCAAUAAUCAGGAGUCUCACCUCCCCUUUCCAAACACACGCCCACACUUGCGCUAUUGUUUUAUUUUCCUGUGUGUAUACAUUUAUUUUGUUGUGCCUUUUGUCAAGUUUGAUGGCAGGGUUUGUUUCUCUCCUUAGAUCCAAGAAUAAAAAGGGGCGGGGGGAGGGGGCGGGGAGGGAGCCUGGUUUCAAAUUUUUAUCGUAACGUCUUGACGACCACCUGAUUCGGGAAACACGUUUCAAAAAGGGAAACUGCAGUGUGUUAGGCGGGAGUUCAGAGUGUCCUCACUGUUUGACCUGAGCCGAAACAUCAUCUUUUUGUUGGAAGAAUGGGACGGGGUUAAUUGUUUUUACAUUUUAUUUUCUCUUUUUUUGACGGAUAAAAAUAAAUGUUUGUUAACA